AUGUCAUCUAGUGCUGCCAUUGAGCUGAAUUGUGUUUGCCAUACUGGCCCUACAAAUUUAAUCCAAGGUGCUCAAAAACCAAAUAUCAAUCCACAAGACAACGAAUAUUUAGAUUCGGUGACUGAACGCUCACAACAAGCAAAAAAAAAAAAAAACAUCUGCAGAAGGAUUUGUUAG